AUGGCCGCCCGUGCUUUGAAUGCGGCGGAGAUCCGCCGCUUGGUAGAUGCCACUGUUGGGGAGCGACCUCUCCCUUUCGUCUACUUCCUGGACACCACGGAGCCGCCGGCUUGGCGGGCUACUGCUUUUCUGCUUCGACACCGUGCAGGAGGUUUCUUGGCCAUUCUACCAGCCGACGAUCAGGUUGCCGAACAGUUGGCAGUUCUCGCAGACGAGGGGUCACCUACUCCACUGCUGUACACCGAAGCGGACUUGCCUGCCGAGACCCCCAGGCGGCGGUCAGUCGGCCCGGUUGGAGCCUUCAUCGUGGACGCAUCCUGGGCCUCUCUGCACUUGUUCCGCCGAGCCACUUCUCGAGCUGCAGGCGCUCAACUGCUACCCACUGUGGCUAUGACAGGGCCAGAUGGCCAGGUGGUUCGUCCCAUCUCCGAGACAGCACAUCAGGCCGCCGACAUCUGGAUCCAAGGAGCUACUUCUGGCGAAGCCGCCCCACCAGCUGCCGAGCUAGCAGAGUACCUCACGGCCGAGAGCCAACUUGGAGAUGGGGAGGACGAGGCAGACGAAAGAGCUGCAGGUGCCGAAGGCGAGCAAGUGGUCGACCAGGUUUCCCAGCUACAAGCUCGCAUCCGCGAGCUCGAGCAAGCCAAAUGCGCGACAUCCUGCCGUGGUUCCUCAGGAGCCAGCCCGACGUGGUGCCCGAGACCUCUUUCCCGAUCCCGGUCCUGGAGCUGCUUUGCCCAACUGGACGCCUCAGCCUGGGCCGCUCUUCGAGCUGCUGCCGGUGCUGCGCCACCACACCUUGCACGUCACGAGCGCGCCCCUCGAGCCGAGGCCUCCCAUGUCUCCGACAAUCUGCUUGCAGAGCUAGAGUUGGGAGCCACCGAAGACGCGCUUGGGUCGCCGCCUUCUACCAUGGCUCUGCACCGACUGUUGUUAGCUCAGACUCAGUUGCUCACUCAACUUGCCCAGUCAAAGGAGAAGGACCCGAUCAGCUCAGCCCUAUCUGGUGCAAAGGAGGACACAGGCCUCGGAGGGCGUGGUUCAGCCGCUCGAGACGCUUUCACCCGCCUCCUGACGGACGACCAGACUGUUGCCAACGCUAUCCGUCGUCUUGGUGCCGAGUCCCUAGGCCUGGACGUGGAGCAUCCCCCUUCGAAUUUGAUGAGGCAGUUCGCAGAGAAGAAGCUACCGUCAGCAGACCUCAAAUUGGUCACUUUGGUAGCUCACAUGGCAGCUCAUGCUUGGCAGGUGGGUCGAGAGACGCAGAAUGUAGCGCUCGAAGCUUGGAUGUCCAGACUACUGCUGUUCCUGGAACAAACUGCUGUGGAGCAAGGUCGAACGCAGCUCUCGUGGCUAUUAACGGGGCUCCCAGAGCCCAAUUAUUCCGCUUUGGCCCGCCGCCGAAGCGGGGUACGACCAUUCGCUCAGCUAUGCCCAAGUACCUGGAUCACAGCAAAUGUAGCGUAUCUGAAAGAGAUGGAGUGGGUGCAGAAUCGCCUCACCGCGGGCCCAGCAACUUUCGACCCGGGGGCCUCCGACUCGAGAACCCCCUUCACCGGCGCCAAAGAGCAAAGAACGGACGAAGCAACGCCAGCUGGCGCCUAUGCCUGGACGUCAGCUCAGCACUCAGCUUUGGAGACCCUGGAGCGGUUGACCGCCCAUUUUGUCUCAGCCGAGCCAUUGUCCGUUGAGGGCCCGAAUGGCUUUAACGACUUGGUGGGUCAAUUAGUUUCCUCGCUGCAUGAGUCUUGGGGAUCUUACGCAGGCUCCGGGGUUAAAUGGACUUUGCCUCCUUCAUUUGACCCAGUGCCCUUCUUGAGCGAUCCUGUGGUCAAAGCCACGUACAUCGAACCCGACACAUUGCGGGCUGCGCCUGAUGAGUGGCCGAAGCUGCCUGCAGCAAGAGUGCAUGCUGAUCGUCACGAGUUGCUAGCCCUGGCUGCCAAAUGGGAUUCCUUCGAGGCCCUUCAGUUGAUUCCAGUGGGGCUCGUUGAUGAGCAUGAGGUCAAGCAUUUGAAGUGCUUCCAAAAUGCCCCCAGCAGUGAUUUCUACUUUUUAGCCCUAGGGGCUUUAGCAAUGGGAGACAGCAUGGCUGUGGAAUGCGCCCAACAGGCCCACUUUAAUGUCUUAAAUGAACUUGCGCACUGCAUGCUCCCCCAUGAACGGGUGUCCUACCGUUCUCCGCUUCCGCGAUCGCCAGUGUGGGAGUUCCUUGCAAUCGAUGAUCAUUUCACAGCCUCGGUGCUCUGCAAGAAGACCCAUUCUCUCAGCACGCCUGCCCGUGACACAGCCAUCUUCAGCGCUGCAGAGGUGGCCUACCAGACCGUCGGCCUUGUGCAACACCCUCGGAAACGUCAGAGGCACAAGGUCUACCCUCUUAGCCGCGCCUCAGUCAAUGAGCUCAUGGCAAUGUGCGUGUUGGCUCCCACCUUCGUUGCUGACCUUCGUGCCAAGUACGUGGACUCCCUCUUUGCCAUGGACGCGUCGCCCAGCGGCGCGGGACUUGUUUCGGCUCCGCUGCCUCCAGGGGUGGCUUCUGAACUCUGGCGACAUUGCGAGCAACGGGGUUAUUACACCAAACUGCUUGGUCCUGCCUCUGCACUCCUGGAAACCAUGGAUGUUGAUGCUGAACCUGUCUUCGGCGACCGUGCCACCGCCUCCGUGCCCAGUGUCUUUCCCUUGCACGCUUCGCUGCAAGAGGGCGUGCUCUUUGACUGCGUGGAACUUUUUGCUGGUUGCUCGAACUGGAGCUAUGCUCACUCCCAGGCGGGUCUCUCUGUGCAUCCAGGUGUUGAUGUGUCCGGGCGCGUCUUGCGCUUCAUGGAUGUUAGUUCCAACAAUGUGUUCCAUGAGCUUCUUAGCCUCGCGCUCCGGAAGGUGGUUCGCGAGUGGCAUGCUGCGCCGCCAUGUCUAACUUACGGCACGCUCAGGCGUCCGCGCCUCCGCUCUAAAAUCCAACCUGCGGGCUUCAACCCCAAGGAACCCCUAACCUAUGCCCAUAACCAAUUAGCCAUGCGCACAGCCUUUCUCAUGUCCGUGAUCGCCUCUCUUGGGGGCUUUUACAGCGUCGCGCAACCGGGCUCGAGUGUCAUGUUUUAUAUGCAGUGUUUUGUGAGGCUAGCGGUCUUGGGGUCGGUGUUAGUGAGGUUCUGUGCCUGCAGCUUUGGUGCGCCUUUCAAGAAGCCUCACCAGUGGCUCACAAACAAACCUUGGCUUCUUCAGUUGAGUGGCCCCUGCAACUGCGGUAAGGGUUCUGGGCAUUUCAUAGUCGAGGGCACUUUCACUGCUGCGCGUGUUGCCGAGUUCAGCAAGCUUUGCAGGCCAACUCCAGAGGCUGUGUUCGGCCGCACUCCUCGGGUUGGUGAAAGUGUCUCGGCCUUCUCUGCGAUGUAUCCCUUAUCACUGGUGCGCCGCAUGGCAUCAGGCAGCUUGCAGUCCAAGUUGGGCCAAGUCCCGGUCCUUCCUUUGAGCUCCUACGCUACCCGUUUCGGGGGCGAGAAUCACAUCAACAUCUUGGAGACAAGGUCCUACAAGACUUGGCUGAAGUGGUGCUCCACUCGGCACCCCAAUAGUAGGCUUUUGGGUCUGAUCGAUAGCCGGGUGUUGCUAGGCGCCGCCUCGAAAGGCCGUUCUUCAAGCCCUGCACUUUGUCACAUCCUCCAGUCCGCACUCCCCUACGUGCUCGGAUCCGGUUUGUAUCCCGGGGGGUUGCAUGUGUACUCUGCGCACAAUCGGAGCGACGGGCCCUCUCGCAACACCAGUGUUGCUCCUCCGACGAAGGAGCGCCCGCUCUGGCUUGAAGCUUUAGCCAAAGGUGACACCUACUUGUUCGACUUGUGCCUUGCAGCCUCACACGUCCCCCGUGUCGCAGGCCGCUGGCUGCGUCUUCUUUUGCUUGUUGCUGGCGACAUCGAGAGGAAUCCAGGUCCUUCCAGCAGGCUCCGGCCAAGAGGCCCUCUCGACUUAGAGUCAGGCUUCGCGACCUCGACCAAGCACAAGAUGCGGAAGGCCCUUGAGGCAUUCGUGGUUUGGCUUGAGACUGAGAUGUGUCUUCAGUUCGCUGCUGUUAUGUCGGCGUCACAAUCUGCAGCGCUCGCUUUGCGUGCUUAUGGCUUGCAUCUGUAUUCGGCAGGAUACCCGAGGUAUCUCUAUGUGUAUGCCAUCACGGCAGUGCAGGAUCUUCAUCCCGAACACCGAAAUCAGCUAACGCCUGCGUGGCAAGUGGAUAAAAAAUGGCAAGCAGCGGAACCAGGCGAAUGUCGUCCGGUCAUCUCCCAGCCCAUAGUGCAAGCGGCAGUAACACUUGCCCUUUGCUGGGGCUGGAAUGACUGGGCUUGCCUGACUCUCAUUGGUUUCCUCUGCAUGUUGCAUCCCGCUGAAAUGAUCCCACUCACACGCCGGGAUCUAGUCCUUCCUUCCGAUGCCAUGUCUACAGAUAUGCUAGCCUACGUGCACCUGCGUAAUCCCAAAACGCAACGGUUCGCGCGCAGACAGCACUGCCGCUUGGAGGACCCCUUAACACUUCGAUUCUUGAUAUCUCAGUACGAGCAUCUCCCUUUGGAUGCCAAACUCUUCAGAGGCUCUAUGCACAUGUACAGGACUCAGUGGAACGCCAUCAUGCAGCGCCUGGGAGUGCCUCACACCCUUUCACAGAAGGGUGCCACCCCAGGCGUGCUCAGAGGGAGCGGUGCGACUUUCCUAUAUCUCGAGACCGAAGACAUUAGUCUUGUCGCAUGGAGAGGACGAUGGGCCAAAAUAAAAACAGUCGAGUUUUAUCUACAGGAGGUUGGUGCACAACUCCUUUUGCAGGAACUCCCACGUUGGGCGCGGGACCGCAUUAGCGUUCUACGUCGCUAUGCUCGACCGCUGCUCCUUCUGUCCAUAGCCUCAAAUCAAGUGGGUCAAGCCCAAGGUUGGAACUCGGCCUAUCCCCGCGGUGCCGCCGUCGGCGCUCUUCUGCACAGGCGGUCUCCCUAUGAGCAGAUUGGGAGCGGGGGUGUAGAUGCCUUUGCAGACUGGUGGCCAAGUGAUGCAGAGGACUGCGUCUUCGUGGCCUGGCAGCUGGAUGCGCAGCUGUUGCCCAGGACCGCGGGGUUCACGGCGGACGGCCUCUAUGAGGAAGCCGCUCCUGGGGGCGACUGGGAGACGAAGUGCAUGCUGUACGACCGAAACAUCAUGGAGUGCUGGGUGACGGAUCUGCUUGCCAACCGGGACUACAAGAUUCGAGUCCGUGAGACUUGCACGGAUCCGUUGGCCAACAGCCCCUUCUUUGCAAGGUACCAGGAGUGCUCGACCCUGACGAUGCCCGCCUUUGAUCCAGAGAACUUGACUGCCUUCAACGAAGACCUCUACACGUUCGAGGAUGGCAAGAGGCCGGUCUCCGCCCACAACGCUGCUGAUGCUCGUCCCGUGAUCCCGCAGAUGGAUGACGCCUGUAUCUUCCAGUAUUGGGACGUCCAGGUUAAGGUCAACGACACGGACUGGCCUUCAGGUGAUGACCCAGCGACCUUCGGGUGUCGGGUCCUGCAGCGGGGUCGGACAAACUGCACCGUUCACGUCGGCUUGAACAGCGGCAAGGCCUUCCAAGUUCGAAUGCGUGAGGCCUGCACCGUGAGGCGGCUCUACACGAACUGGGUCUACUAUGACGAGGUGAUUGAAACCAGACUGCCGGUGCCUGCUUCGCUGCCGGAGAACCUGACGGCCAACUCCACAUCGCCGAACCACGACAUCUCCUACGCGUCGCUGGACGUUUUGUGGGAUGCGCACCCUCCGGGCGAGUGCAUCUUCACCGGCUGGCAGGUGGAGACGCGGAUCCAUCAGAGGAACAUGGAUUGGCAGGAGUCUUCCGAAUGCAGGGCCAACCCACGCGAGCCCUUCCAGUGCGAGAUCACACAGGGCCUGUUCAGCAACCAGUACUACGAUAUGCGGAUUACGGAGACCUGUGUCGAUCCCAACGCGCUGGGAGACACGCUGACCGUUCUGAACAUUGCGCGCACCCGUCCUAUCCCAGCAGUGGCACCAGAGAUCGUCUCAGUCUCUGCGACCAGCGCACGGUCUCUGGGGGUGCGGAUCGUGCAGCGCGCUUCUGGCCAGUGCGUCUUCCAGGCUUACAAGAUGGAAUGGAAGAUGCAGGGAUGGGAUUACUGGCUGACAUAUGAUGACUGCACGCCCCGCAGCACAUCAACCUGCUAUGUCUCGGGCUUCCCCGCCAGUCAGAGCUACUACACAGUGCGGAUGAAAGAGAGCUGUACCGACCCAUUGGCAGACAGUCCAUGGGUCGAGUGGCCGGACUUCGUCCUCACCUGGCCGGAGCCAGCGCAGAUCCCGAGCAACUUCACGGCUGUGGAACUUACAGCUUACAACUUGACGUUCACGUUCGAGCCGGGCUUGGGCUUGGACUGCACGUGGUCUGCUUGGGAGGUGCAGCUUCUACAAGGGGAUGGCGGCCCGCUGGCGACAGACUGGAUGGACUUGACAGAAUGCUAUCUUCCUUUCCGGGAGAAUGUCACCUGCAGCGUUACAGGUCUGCAGAGCUACACGGUCUAUCAGGUGCGUGUGAGGGAGGUGUGUACGGACUUCAUCUACGACAGUGACUGGGGCUACUCGGACCCCAUCAAGACGACUAUGCCCGUUCAAGCUGGUAUGCCAGUUGCCGUGGCCUCAGUCGAAUGA